AUGAACAAGCUUGUCUGCCUGGUCGCUCUUCUCGCCAUCCUGGCCGUCUGCACUGAGGCCCAAUACUAUUACGGCAGCUACGGAUAUCCCUACUACGGAUACGGUGGAUAUGGCUACGGAUACGGAUACGGCUACCCCUACUACGGCGGAUACUACGGUAUCUACGGCAAACGCGAAGCCGGCUUUGCUCCACAACAACAACAGCAAAAUGGGCAGCAA